AUGUCCAACUUAGAGCUACUCCGAGCUCAUAUUUCCGAUUCGAAAGCUGUGACACUAGUAACUCCAGCAGGUGAACAAACUGAGGAUAUUUCCGCGGCCAGUAGAGUAGUAUUGGAACAAAACGAUGAGACUAAUGAACCGUUAGAGCUGGAUCAAGAGACAGAAUUUCAAGUCGAUGGCAGUCAUGUUCCCUUGAGAGUGGUGCUCCACUGCUGGCAACACAAGGAUUCUAGCGCUGCGGACUACUUGGCCGAUUGUCAGACCCGCAACAUCACCAACAUCUCAUUUCUGCAAAGAAUGGAUCUGAUUGCGUGGCUUUCGGGGGAAAGCGAUAAUUCCAAGUUUGUGAAUACGGCGGAAAAGCAGCUAGCAGCGAAGGUGACUGCUCAGAUGUCUGGGGAAGCAUCGUCCUCGGCCAAUGAGGACCCACUUUUGCUGGAAGCGCUUUCACAUGAAAAAGUGCUGUUGGACCACAACUCAUCGCUCAGGGGUUCAAAGCCCACCAAUUUUGGCUAUCUUAUAAAAGAAGUGGAAUUGAAGCUGGUACACUCCCUCAAGGGCUCUAGUAAGUCCAGAAAGGCAGCUGAGCGCGGUGGGGUGUCGAAACCAGACGCCGCCAAGAAGGCUGCAGCCAAGAAGGAUCCAAUCAUCCUGAUUCCAUCUGCGGCAUCAUCAAUUUUUACUAUAUCCAAUAUCAAACAGUUUUUGGAAGAGUCCAAGUACGUACACCCCAGAGACAUGCCUGGCUCCAAAUCCGACGUGACCACCGUGACGAAGAAGCUCGAUCGGUUCGCGAAACCUAUCAAGUUUAUGAUCGCCAGUAACACUCGUCUUUUCACAAAGCCAGAGUAUUGGGACAGGGUUGUGGCAGUGUUUACAACCGGCCAUGCCUGGCAAUUUAAUAACUACCAAUGGUCAAAUCCAUCUGAGCUUUUCCAAAAAUGCAAAGGCUACUAUUUUUACUUCGCUGGCGACGUAGUGCCCAAGCAUGUCGAACAGUGGAAUGUCCAACGUGUUGAGUUGGAUAAGAAUAAGCGGUUCAGAGAUGUUGAAGUUUUACGAUACUUCUGGAACACUAUAGAAAAAGAAUUGGCUGGCCGUGGAUACCAAUAA